GAGUCCUCAACGCCGGAGAGACGCACGCAGGACAGGAGGAGGACAUGGUGUUCACGAUCAAGACUUGACGUUUUUAAGACCGAAAAGAGGGAUGAAGCAGAAGUAUUAUUCUAACAAACACCAGUGAGGAGUCUGCAGCAUGGACUUAUUCAAGCAACAGAAAGUGGAGGAUUUCUAUGAAAUUGGUGAAGAGUUGGGAAGCGGGCAGUUCGCCAUCGUGAAGCAAUGCAGAGAGAAAAGCACGGGUCUGGAAUUUGCCGCCAAGUUCAUCAAGAAGCGGCAGAGCAGGGCGAGCUCUCGAGGCGUGCGGCGGGAGGAGAUUGAGCGGGAGGUGGACAUCCUGCAGCAGAUCCGGCACGCCAACAUCGUGACGCUGCACGACGUCUACGAGAACCGCACUGACGUGGUGCUGAUCCUGGAGCUGGUCUCUGGAGGGGAGCUGUUUGACUUCCUGGCACAGAAGGAGUCUCUGAGCGAGGAGGAGGCCACUCAGUUCAUCAAGCAAAUCCUCGAGGGGGUCAACUACCUCCACGCCAGGAAGAUAGCCCACUUUGAUCUCAAGCCUGAAAACAUUAUGCUGCUGGACAAGAAUGUGCCGUUGCCCAGAAUCAAACUCAUUGAUUUCGGUCUUGCCCACAAGAUUGAAGCUGGCGUUGAGUUCAAGAACAUCUUUGGAACACCGGAGUUUGUAGCACCGGAGAUUGUCAACUAUGAGCCGCUGGGAUUAGAAGCAGACAUGUGGAGCAUCGGGGUCAUCACCUACAUCCUGCUGAGCGGUGCGUCACCUUUCCUCGGGGAGACCAAACAGGACACGCUGGGCAACAUUUCAGCUAUAAACUAUGAGUUUGACGAGGAGUUUUUCUGUCACACCAGCGAGCUGGCCAAGAAAUUCAUCAGCCAGCUGUUGGAGGAGGAUAAGACGAAAAGAUUAACAAUUCAAGAUGCUCUUAAUCACCCAUGGAUCAAGUCCAACGAGCACAAGGAGGAAAAUAAAGCCCAGGAGCCGAAGAAACGGGAGCGCCGCCAGCUGAAGACCAAGCGCCUGAGGGAGUACACCAUCAAGUCCCACUCAAGCAUGCCGCCCAACAACACCUACGUGAACUUUGAGCGCUUUGCCCAGGUGGUGGUGGACAUCGACCAGAUGGAGAGCUCGUUCGUGAGCCUGGCAGCGGCCCACGACUCCCUGCAAGAGGACAUCGACGCCAUGGUGUCCAUAUACAACGAGAAGGAGGCCUGGUACAAGGAGGAGAGCGAAGACGUCCGCCAUGAGCUCUCGCAGAUUCGCUACGAGUUCCGUAAAGUGGAGGCCUUCAAGAGGAGCCUGCAGGACGACAUGCAGGCCUUCAGCUCCGGCCUCGGCGCCGUCAGCAACCGCUACCGGGAGAGGCAGAGCCACUUCGAUGCGCUGCGUCUGGAGCUCAGCAACGAGCUGAAGUGGGUGCAGGAGGUGAUGGGUUCUUUCCCCGGGGAUGGAGGCGGCGGCGGGUACCCCGGCUGCAGCUUCUCCACCGUCUUCAACGACGACGUGAACGAAGCCCUGAAGGAGCUGCUGAACCGCUCCUGUGGAGGAGAGCUGCUGACGGGGAUCAACCUGGACUUUGAAACCGGACAGCAACGAUGAUGGCAACCUGUAGCUGGGAUUUUUCUAGUCAGAGAGAGCUCUGCCUCUGGUCAGUAUGUACUCAGCGGGAUGGAGGGAGCCACCGUGCAUCACCUACUGCUGGUGGAUCCACAUGGACGGGAAGAGAGCUUUGGAGUUGGAUUUCAAAUACACAAAGCAAAUGCCCACCAGGUGUUUUUGAGUGUUGGUCACCUGGUGCGAUUCCACAUGGAGAACCAGAUGCCCGUCGUCUCUGGAAGCAGUGAGCUGUGUCUCAGACAGUCAAUCCUACAAAGACACACACACACACACACACACACACACACACACAUUCAUGGCAUGCAUACAUUAGCCUGCAGCAGCGGUUCUCAACGGUUUUGGAGCUGAGGCACAAUGUGCACAAGCAAAAAAACUUGAAACCUUUCAGCACUUUUAGCUACAUUAUAAUUUUAAAUCAACCAGGUCCUGUCAACAUGUGAGACAUUACUGAGUAAAUAUACUGUAUAUGUGCAGUGUGUAAGAACAUUGGAGU